GAGGUCUCAGUGAGAAAAGACGCAAAUGUUUUGAGGCAAGUUUGAAUUAUAUGUCGAUCUGGAUCUUUUCUGGCCGAAUAUAGAAGGAGAGAGAAAUAUUUUUAAUAUAGAAGGAGAGAGAAAUAUUUAUUCCAUAAAUGGAAAACACGCAGUAAAGUUCGUUUGUCAAACAUUUUAAACGAGUUGCAACCAUACUUACGCAAGGCAAUAUUCAAAACAGUAAUUAUUCAACAACCGGUCACUAACAGUUUAAAAUUUAAAAAAGACGUUCUCAAUGUGCAGUGUUCUUAUAGAAAAAAAAACAUAACAAAGAGGAUAAAGGGUAAUAUAAUUCUUUCAAAGCAAAAGCUGUAACUAUUAUUUUUUUAUACCUCGAUUAUUUUUAAGGUUUUUCUUUUAAUUUAGCGAUAUAUCAUGCGGAAUUAUUAAGAUAUUUUGAGAAUGAAUUUCUCUCUCCUUUUCUGUACAUAAUCAUUCCCCCCUCUGCGAGUCCCUGCUAAAGAACUGCGGCAGCAGAGUCCAGAUCACGGUUGAUUAAAUCGACUUCAAUUCACGAAUUCGUUCUACUAACUGUAACUGGAAUGUUGAAUAUAAUCAAUUUCAUUAGUGUUCUAUUCUUUCUAUUGUUUUGAUCACGAUAGAACAAAAGAAUUCGAACGCCUCAAAGAGUAACCAACAACGAAUUGAAAAAUUGUCAAUCAGGAGAGUACCGUACAAUGAAGUUAAAAAAGCAAUUUUACAAGUAAGGUUAAUGAACGGAUAAAUAAAAUAAUGGCAAUAAUGAAGAGUUCAAUGUUAUUUAUUUUCGUAUGUUUCUGCAUUAUAAAUAUCGCGUGUUUAUCUCGGCAUAGCAAGAAAUUAUCACAUCACAAAAGACACCAUCCACAUACAGAAAGAAAGUAUCAAAUAUAUAGAGACUUAAAAAAGAAAUUAGAUUUUAUAAAAAAAGAAUUGAUAGAUACAGACGCGCAAAGUAAUAAAACUAAUAUUCAAGACUCCAUAGCAAAAUAUACAAAAUCUGUUGCACGGACGAAGAUAAAAACAAAACCUUUGGACACAGAAGAAGUCAUUGAAACCGACAUACUUGUCGUGCAUAAAGACGUCAUUCCGACAAAUCAUAAACACAAAAGAAAACGGCAUCGUCAUAGCAAUGUUAUUGGUUCAAAACGAAAAGACAUUUUAAGGCCGUCAGAUAAAUUUCUUAACGCGGAUGAGGAAGUCGUUGUUGUUGUCGUAAAUAAAACAGACCGUCAGUCCCGCCUUUUAUCUGAUAAAAAACAUCGGGUAAAUUUAAUGCCCGCUAAGCGUGGCGAGAUUAUUAGUGAAGACGUCACAGGGAAUGGAAAGGAACUAACAAGCAUAGAUCAAACUUUUAGUUUUUCAAGUGAAGAUGACAAAGAAGCGGAUCAAAUACAUAGCGCUUUUACUAAAGCAAACAACGAAUUCUUGAAGGAAGUAAAAGUUCAAAGUCCAGACUCCACAGUUAAAAGCUCUCUACCUAUUAUAAAUUCUUUUGUAACUGAUGAACAAAAAAAACCCUCUUUGCUAGAAAUGACUAAACCUUCCAGAAAACACGAGCUAAGCGGACAAACGAAAUCCCAUGUAAACACGACAAGACAUUACAAAGAAAGUUUACGCACAGUAAACGAUAAAGCAAAAACAAUAAUUAAGUCAAACUUGCCUCCACCAACCAACGUUAAUGAAGACAGCGAGGAAGAGUCAACUGCUCAAUUAGCCAACAAACACGAAGAAAAACAAAAAGCUGUAGGGAAAUCAAGUUUAUCUCGAUCAACCAAUACAAAUACCAAAGAUAGCAAACCCUACAACAUUGUUGUGAACGUCGGGAAAACUAAAGGAGGCAAGGUUCUAGAAAUUACUUCUAACAGAGCCAUUUUGGAAACUGAGCAAAAACUCCCUGAUGAUGAUAAUGCAGCAGAUAUUUCUAACCUAGAAGACUAUCAAAGUGUGGUGAAAUCUAAAUUGCAUCAACCUGUAGAAGUAAAUGAGACAGAAUCUAAUCUUAAAGGAGACUCUAAUGAAAACCAUUCAGGCGAUGGUCCGGACGAAGAUUAUUACGAAUUUACGUCUGAAUCUGGUUUUCCUUCGAGUAAAUUAAAAAACUCGACAAAAAGCAUGGAAUCAGAAAGUGAAGGUGGUCAAAAACUGAAACAUAAAAACAGUGAUUCCCAUUCUCCUCAUACAUCUAAUGCUGGUAAAGAUAAAGAAAAAGCUGUAUUAAAUAUUGCCAAUAAGAAUAAAAUUAAUGGUGAACUUAAAACGGAAGAACAAAGAUCUGUUGAAGUGACGUCGGCAAAAAAACCGCCAAAAGGAUUUUCAAAUAAAAUGACUGGACGAAAAUAUCCGCCAAGUAAUCCACAUCCUGUUGCUGAUAAUCUUGAUAUCCAACCAGUGGGAAAAAGCACGUACGAAAAUAUAACAGCGAAACUAAGAAACGCAGAAGCAAAGUCGAAGAACAUUGACACCAAACCAUUGGCUCAGUCGAACGUUAAACAACCUACAGCAGCGUAUAAAAAUCCUUUAGUAGUUCAGUCAUAUAUAAAACAGCCAACGACAGCAUAUUUCAAAUCUCCAUCGUCACCAGUCGUUGUAGCAAACAUAAUGUCUAAGAAAGAGCAACCACCAACAACAUCAGCUUAUAAACCAAGUCCCAAUUAUCAGACUUUAACAGCACAACAGAAUAAUGCUGCAUAUGUCAAACCAAUUGCUUGGAAAGAAACACAGCAAGAAAUUGAUCAACAUAUAACAGCAGCCAAUAUUGCAUCUAAUGUAGGUAACAUAGCUACUACUAAUGUUCAACCAGUAAAACCAAUAUCUUCAAAUCUUCCUGUAAAGCAAUAUAAACUCGUCGAAGUUCAGCCUUCACCAUGGAAAGAAAUAUCAACUGUCGUUGCAUUAAAUUCAAAACCAGCGGUAGGUCCAUCUACGGUUGCAUCUCAAGAAAAGUCAACAAACAGACAGCCGCAGUUGUUGGAAGGAGGUAAUGCGAACCAGGCAACUACAAAUCAAAUAGAGAAAAACCCUUUCGAAACAACGCAAGGAUUCAUUCAUGAAGAUCCUGAAUACCAUCAAAGUGGAAUUAACCUAACGCAGUCUGUUCCCAGCAGAAACCUUUCCUCAGCUUUAUUAUCUGAAACAGAAAAUGAAAAAAAGAAACCAAUCUUAAAUGCAACUAGUAUAUCUAUAAAAGACGAGGGUUCAGCAUUACAGAAAUCUUCAAAUGCGGAAAAUAAAGUGAUACAACACAUCUUGAAGCAAGACAGUGAAGUUUUACAAAAAGCAGCCAGAGAAGAACCGAAUGUUACCGCAGAUAAACCAACAAACAUCUCGGUUGAAGCUGCAUUAAAAACACUGUUAAAUGUCCCUAAUCUUUCUAUUCACAUCACCAAAAAUAGUUCUCUUUCUGCACCAAUUAAAAAGAAGAGAAAGAAGAAAUACACAAAAACGACGAAGAAAAUAGAACACCUAGAAAAAAUUGGUUUUGAAAAAAGCGGUACCAAAAAAUCAAAUGCUGAACAUCAUGUCGAAAAAAAGAUGAAACAAGAAAAAGAUGCAGUUAACGAAGACAAAGAUUUGUCAAAGCGGAAUAACAAAGUCAGACCUGAAGACAUUGCAGAACAUGAGAUUGUCAAAGAAUCAGGAAUUCAAGGUCGAAGCAGAAAUGCAAGAAAACAUGACCAGAAAAGGGAUAACAGUUCACCAAAGCAUCACCGUCGAGAUGACGCCGUUGGAAAUGACAUUUUGAAAGAAAUAAUAAAUGGUGAAAAUACAUUUCAGAAGUACGCAUCACAUAAUGGUAUGUCUACACGUGUGGAUAACAGUAUGAUCGAAAACAGUGAAACGAACGUUGAAGCAAGUCCUGAGGAAGCAGCCAAUAAAAUUGCAGGUUUUGGAGUAAAUGACGAGAGAUAUGGGGAGAGUUGGUUUGAAGGACAAAAUCAUCCAAUUGGAGCGAAACCCUAUCAUCACCAUCAUAAGGAAGAUCAUGACGAUUAUCAUGACGAUAAAAAUGAUCGAGACGAGAGAGAUGAUCGAGAUGAAAGUAUAAAUGGCGAUUCGAAUGAAAAUCAUUCGUCGAAGUCAUCGGUGAAUAGUUUACACGGCUUUGAACCUGAUAAAGAAGAUGAACACAAACACGUGAGAGACAAAACGACACAAAGUAAAGCAACUAGCAGCGAACUUGUAAGAGCUAGUCAAUUUGAAGAGGGAGAAAAACUGACUGAAGAUAUGGAACAAAAAACUUCAAACAUCAUGAGGAAAAUUUGUAAAAAUGCAGAAUGCCAAAAUAAAGAUGGUACCACAGACGUUGAUGAUGAUGAUUUGAGUCAAUAUGUCCACGGAGGUGACGAAAUCGUUGCACAGGUCAGCAUCGGUAGCGAAGGAAAAAGUUUAUCAAAAUUCACAAAAGAACAGAAAAAUCCGAAGCCGAUUUUGCCAGAAAUAAAUCUUGCUUCAAGUAAAAAUGGACAUUCAAGUUUGCUUCAAAGCAUUCCAAAUAACAUAACAGCUACUGUAGAGGAGCUAAAAGAAGUUACGGCUGACGAAAGAGAUGUUAAACCACGUUGCCAGUGCGACUCGCCAACUAAAGUUGUAAAUAGACCCGGAUGUUUAGAUUAUUGUAAAGUUGUAUGGCGGGAAAAUUUAGCUUUCAAAAAAGCAACACACGCCAUUACUGAGCUUGAAAACAGUGGGCGUAUUAAUGCCAAGCCAGAUAACAAGUUGUUUCAUCAUGAUUCGCUAGAAACUAAACCAAUCACAAAGGUUCUUGAAGCGUCUUUGCUAAAUCCAAACCCUAAACCGAAUCCAACAAUUAUUGAACAGAAUCUUCUUCCAGGUUUAGCCAAAGCAAAGUAUACUGGACCAGUUCCUGAAGAAAAACGUUUAUCAGCAGGUUUCGUCCGUAAACUUCAAAUCGACAAAAACGUAUUAGAACACGUUAAAAACGAUAUAAAACACGAUCCAGGGAUCAGUGACGCUCUGAAGUAUCAUUUGAAACAGGUAGCAGAUAGCAUUACGAAGGCUAAGAUCGAAAAGAUACUAGCACAGCCCAAUCGAAACAAACAACUGAUUGGUAGAAACUUUCAUCACCAUCACAACGAACCCAUGGAACUGGAUAAUCAAGGUGGUUUGUCUCACUUACUAGGACAUGAUAAUUCGUUUUCGUUUCAUAAUUCACACGAUGAAGACGAUAUGCAACCUAUCCAUGUGAGUGAAGGUAGCAACCCAGAACUUGUUGCAAAGCUUCUCCAUCGCGGACACCACCAUCAUCACAAUCCUUCUAUGAUAAGCGCAAGUUCUUUAAAUAGAUUACUACAUCAUCAAAAUUCAGAAGAUGUAGACGACGAUAACGAGGAUCAGCACGAACACGAGGAUUCGCAUGGAGUAAUACACAUGCAUGGGUCGUCGCAAUUACUAAACCAAUUGCUCCACCGCAAUCACGCUACAAACGUGUUAAAAGAAGAAGAUGACGACGAAUACAACAACGAAGGAGGGGAGCAUGAAAACUUUCACGAUGAAGGACAUGAUGAAGAUGACGAUGAUGAAAAAGCAGUUAUAUCAAAAGGCCAACUUAUGAAAUUGUUACAUCAAACAGACGAAGGAGAGAGUCAUCACCAUGGAGAUGAAGAUUCUGAUGAUGGCGAUGAUGAAGAGUAUGUUGACGAUGAUAACGACGAACAUAUGAUGUUUGCAGAUCACAACGAGUUCCAUUCGAGAUAUCAUCAUCAUCAUCUGCUGGAACCAGAAGCUCUUCAUUUUACUGAACACCAGGACGAUCUUGGUAUUAACGUGUCUGCAAUACGGACGACUCCAUGUAGAAAUGGCGGAUUGUUUCUAAAACUACGUCACCGAAAGCCGCAAUGUGUAUGUCUGCAUCAAUAUUAUGGAAAGACAUGUAAAAGUUGGAACUACUGCUUCCCAAACCCUUGCGAUAACGGUGCUCAGUGUGUUCUUAUACCAGAGAUGCCGUAUCACAAAUGUGUUUGUCCAAAAGCAUACAUUGGACCAACCUGUAAAGAUUUUAACCCCUGCGAUCCCAACCCUUGUAAUAAUCAAGGGGUGUGUUCACACGAUGGCAAGACUGCAACGUGCACUUGUACCUCAAGAUUCAAAGGCGAAAACUGUGCUGAAUUAAACAACUGUUACCCAGACCCCUGCAAAAACGGAGGAGUGUGUGUUGAUUCAGGUGGAAAAUUUAAAUGCAAUUGUAAAGAAGGAUAUGUUGGAGACACGUGUGAGGGUGUUAGUGUGUGUUACAGUACUAAUCCAUGUGAGAAUGGUGGCACGUGCGUCGAGAAUGGAACCUCGUUUUCAUGUGUAUGCACAAAAGGUUUCCUUGGCAACAACUGUAAAGAUAAGGUGUGUGCUCCAAAUCCAUGUCAAAAUGGUGGAACAUGUAUUCAAAAAGAAAACUCCGCUUUUGCUUGCCUAUGCCCACCAUGGUCUACUGGCGAUACUUGUGGAGAUAUCAGCCCAUGUCGUAUGAAUCCAUGUAAAAAUGGCGCACGUUGUAUAGAUGGUAUGUCAGGAUUUCGGUGGACGUUAAAACAAAUGCAAUAUUUCUGUGAUUGUUUGCCGCCAUUUAAAGGUUCACACUGCGAAAAAAAUGCAUGCAGUGAUUGCGACCAUAAUGCUCAUUGUGAAAUCGACCGUUGCGUUUGUAAUCAUAACUACUAUGGCAACGGGAGAGCUUGUAGAAAAUUACAUCUUCCAGUGAAAUCUCAUAAAAAAUGCCAUCCUAACCCCUGCAAGAACGAUGGAGUGUGUUUUGAAAAGCAUGAUGGCGGAUUUGGAUGUAAAUGUAAACAUGAGUACCUUCCACCGCUGUGCAAAGAAAGGGAUCCUUGCAAACCAAAUCCAUGUGGUCAAUACGGAGAAUGUAUUGCAAUUGGACAAAGUAUCAAAUGCAGAUGUGAUGAACAAUAUUCUGGACGAUAUUGCAAUGUGAUCGAUCCAUGUAAAGAGAUAGGACUUUGUGCAAACAAUGGAGAAUGCGUACCUACUGGUAACAACACAUACGGUUGCAAGUGUGCGGGAAGGUGGAGUGGUUUGCGUUGCCAAGAUUGCUCUUGUCCAAGAAGCAUCGAUGAAAGUAUACCCUCGUCGCAAUGUGAUGUUAACGGAGCCUGUAAAUGUCCAGAAGGUUAUAUAUUCAAUGUUGUCACCGGUCAAUGUCUUGCUGAGCAAAAAUUUCCUAUGCCUGAAGUGUUUGGCAAGUCUUGUCGUACUAACCCGUGUGAGAAUGGUGGCCAAUGUAUUGAGGAGAUUGGAGUAGCUGAAGAGUCCUAUAAAUGCAUCUGUCCUGAAGGAACCUAUGGAAAAAAUUGUAUUUAUAAAAACAAAUGUAUGCCUAAUCCAUGCUUGAAUGGUGGAUCAUGUCUUGAAUUAGAUGGAAGGUUUCUUGGAUGUAAAUGCGCAGAUGGAUACCACACUCCAUUGUGUCGAAAAGAAACAAUCCCAACAACAGCUUGCAAACCAAGUCCUUGCCAAAACGGCGCAUCGUGUAUUCCGCACCCAAACGGUGGUUAUGACUGUAUAUGUAAAGUGAGAUUUACUGGUCCACAUUGUACAAUUGAUCGAUGUCGUGAUUGUGACGAGAAUGCACGUUGCGAGCAAGGAAAAUGUGUAUGCAAUGACAAUUACAUAGGGAAUGGAUACGAAUGCGUUAAAAAAACCUGCCCUGCUCCAUGUCUACAAUUUCAAGCUUGCAUUGACAGCAAAUGUCAGUGUAUUCCAGGACACAGACAAGUGUCCAAUAUAUGCAUACCAAUCACAGACUUCACAAAUAGCAACUACGCUGACCCGCUACCCUCAGAUCAAGCCCGUCCUGCAAUAACUUCGGUCGCACAAAUACACACUUCCACGAAACCUUUAAAACCUACGACUCGUCCAAACAUAAAACCCGUCGCACCAACUGAAAAAGCUAAUCACACUGCAGCAACAACAAGCUCAGCAACAUUAGCACCAACUAAGAGUUUGGUUGCCACCACAGCCACAACAGCAGCCACCACAGCCACAACAGUGGCACCUCCGCCUUCAACCACACCAGUCCUAAUUACGACAACAGUGGCGUUGGGAAAUUUAAGCUCACAAGGGACGGUGUUUAACAAAACAAUGUUUUCAAGUGACAUUAAGAAUGCCACAAUAAAUCUGUCAAAUAGCACAAAUUCGUUUCCAAAAAAUGUAUCUUCAACAAACAACGCAAAUGUAAAAGAAUCAACAAACACGUCUUCAGCUGUUGAAACACCGAUAGAGAAAGUGAUAAAAAUCAAGACUGAAAGCGACAACGAAAACAAUGUCAAUAAUACGACGUCAAAUGAUGGCGAGAGAAAGAAACCUGUAUUAGAUGUUUUAGAAAGCAAAUCACAAAGUAUUUUAGGAAAUAGUACAGAUGGUGAAACGAAACUUCCUUUAAAGCAAGCCACUAGCCCUAUAACACUAGCAGAAUUAAAACUUGGAUUAACUCGUUUGGCUGCACCUGUAGAGCAGGAAAAAGCGUCAAUAUCUGAUGGUAUUUCCGGAUUGGACAGCACCCCACCAUCCAAAUCAAUACAUCAUUUUAGUAACUCUUCACUUGAUGCGAAACCGAAGAAAAGGAAAACAAAGGCAGAGAAGUAUUUCGAAGCGAAAAUGAGAAUUCUAUCUUCAUAUUUACGUACGCAUGGGAAGGCAAAGCUAAAUAAAGUUCUAGAUGAUAUAAUCAGUCAAAAGAGAAACCAUGGAAAAAAUAAACAUGCUUCCAAGAAGAAUGAUACUAAGAAACCAAGGAAAGAUGAAUCGCUUAUCAUUCAUGUGCACACUGGUGCUACAAGUGACCUGGCUGACUUGAACGCCGUAUUAAAACGAUUUACUCACAAUCACAAUUUAGCUUCGCUCACACCAGACGAUAUUGAACGCAUGCUAGAGCAACACCAAGCUAAAAUAGACCAACAAGCGAAGAAAAAGCAAGUCAAGCAUACCGAAAAUACUCCAAUGUCGGUGAAUGUAAAGAUCAACAGCAAUAACGUUAAAGAAAUCAGUGGCGUUAUGAAACAUGAAAUUUCUGUUCAAGGACAUGAUGGAUCUGAGAAAACACAGACAGUACAGGUGGAUCAGGAGGGGUCAGCAGAAGAACAGGACGAAGAAAGGUUAGCACCACAGGACAGUCGAGAGCAGCAACCUGGUUUGGAACAAGCACAAGAUGAAAUGAAUGAGGACAUUACUACAGACAAUACUUUAGAUGAUGGUGGUCUACAGGCAGAAGAUGCUCUGCAAACAGAAGAUGCACUACAGAAUAGUUUUGUGAGUGGCAGCAAAAAAUACCAACGUCCAAAACAAACAGGUGACGUUGCAAGAAAUGAGGAAACAUCAAAUGGUUUUAAUAAACUUACAGCAGAGGAGUUGGCUUACUACUUCAAUAAAAAUGACAAUAAAAACAAUGCUGAUGAUAUCGAACGCAAAAUGGCAGCUGAGAUAAAAAACAAAGAGGAUAUUGGAAUAGCAAAGUUGUUUCAGACUAUAUCAAAUGGAGAAGAAAGCACUACGCAGUUAUCUGCAUUGUCACAGUCACCGUCUGUAAUCGAUGCAUCUAGUGUCACACAUCCUAAAAAUCAGACCUUUCAACGUAUUGUCAACAGCAGCGCAGAUACUGGAUUUUUACAUCAAUUUUUUAACAACUACAAUUCCGACAUUACGACAAAUGGCGAAAAGACAGAUGAAUUCGAAGAUGAUGACGAUGCAACUUUGCAGCAGUUAAAAGAGGAGCGGAAGGACAAGACUGUUAGUUUAACAAAACAGCAACAAAAUUUAGAAGUGCAGACAUUAAAAGAUGCUGUAGAACAUCACAAUCAACUGAAACAACAGUUAAGAAACAAGGAGAUCGAAAAUAUAGAAGAAGAAGAAACUAAUAAUGAAAAGUUAUUAGAAGAAUUGAAGAAUAAAAACAUGGCGAAAGAGGAUGGCAAUAGGAUGAAUCAUUCUGUGAUACAGGAAAAAAUAACGGAAGUGGAACUAAAAGAGAAGCGGUUAAAAGUCUUGGAAGAAGAAAAAAUGAAAGCCUUGAAAACGUUGAAAGAAGCACAAGAGAAACACAACCAAAUGUUACGAGAAGAAGAGCUGAGGAAACAAGACGAAAAACUUAAAGAAGAGAGUAUUAGGUAUUUGAAAGAAGAGAAAACAAAAGCUCUUAAAAAGUUGAAAGAAGAACAACAUCAAAGUAAUAAUGUCUUUGAAGACGAUGAUGAAAAAGAAAAAGAAAAAGAAAAAGACGACGUACGGGUGCAAAAUCAAAGAGAGGACCAACAAAAGCAAGCCUUGAAAAAACUUUUAGAAGCUCAGCAAAGGCAUAAACAAGAAGAAAUUGAAUCAGAGAAAAAAUUUGAAGCAGAAGAAAUCGAGAAAAAGUAUAAAGAGAAAUAUGAAAAGGAGAAGAAAAUUGCCUUCAUGAAAUUGCAAGAAGAACAAAAGUUAGAGAGAGAAAAAGAGAAAGAUAGAGAAGAAAAGGAACGCAAAGAAAAAGAAAACAGACGCCAAAGAAAACAAGAGGAGGAACAAAAACGAAAAAAAGAAAAAGAGGAAAUAUUGAAACAAGAAAAAGAAAAAGAGAGAAAGAUUAAAAAAUUACAAGAAGAAAAGUUGCAAGCUAUAAAAGUAUUAACAAAGGCUCGUCUCAGGGAACAGAAAAUGCGUCAACAAGAAAAAGAACAAAAGAAAUUGGAAGAGAAGAGAUUACAAAGAAUGCGGUUAUUACAUGAGCAGAAAGAAAAAGAGUCUAAAGCCUUUGAAGAAGCAAAGCUAAAAGAGAAAGAAAAAAUACGUCAAGAAGAAGAGGAGAGACAAAAAAUGAAUAUAAAAAUAUUAAAAGAAGAAAGAGAAAAAUCACUUCAAGCACUAAGGGAUGCUAAAUUGAGGCAAAGAAAUAAGACACUAGCUGAUGUGAGGAGAGAGCAGUAUGAAAAGGAAAAAGAAGAAAAUGAAGAAAUGUUGGAAGAACAGAGGGCUGAAGCUUUGACGGUAUUAAAGAAAACUAGAGAACGCCAAGAAGCCUUGCGACUCAAAGAAGAGGAAAGACAAAAAGAGAUUCAGAAAUCUCUGGAAGAACAAAAGAGAUUAGUUUUGAAAAAACAACAAGAAAAGAAGAAAAAGGAACGCACUGAGGAAGAAAAACGACGAGAUGAAGAGAGAAAAACUGAAAAUUUAGAAAUAUUGCAACAACUAAAAAAGAAAGAAAUGGAAGUAUUAAAUGAAAAGGAAAAAGGGAGGAGAGCGAUGGAAAAACAAAAUGCAACGCGACAGCGAUUGAAGGAGUUCCAAAUGGCUGAAAAAAUAAAAAUGGCUGCACGUAAUGACGCGAGUACAAACCGUAAUAGUGAUAAGCAAGAGCAAGAUAAAAUGAUCGCGGAAAUUAAAGAAGAAAGUAUGAAGGUACUGCAAGAAGAAAAUAAAGAAAACAGAAAAGAGAUUUUGAAAAAACAACGUGAGGCUUUAAUGAAUAUGACACAAGCACGGACAAACAAGUUAAAAGGAAGAAAGACACCUUUAAAAACUACAAUCAAAGCAGAAGUAGAUGAAGAUGAAGAUGAAGGAACUAGUAUGGAAGAACAAAAACUAAAGAAUGAGAAUAUGAUUGAAGAGUUAAAACAGGAAGCAAAAUCAAAAGACUGGAAAAACUUGGCGUUAACUAAAAAAACAUCCAACGCUAAUAAGAGCAUGGAGAAAAAUGAAGUUGAGGGUUCUUAUCAAUCGAGUACAGGCGAAAACAAUGCAGGGGAAGAGAAAAGAAAAGAGUUACAAGAAUUUGUACUUGAACCACAGAAUAAAUUCCAUGGAAAACAAUUUAAAUUUCACAAUGCGUUGACUUUGAAUAAAAUAACGGAGAAAACAAGUCACCCUAUAAGAAUGCAAGAAAAUUUUAAAAAAGAGAACAAGCCCGAAGGAGAAGCGCAUUUUCCACCAAUGAAGGAUAAGUUUUUGAGAUCAAAGCCAAUGGGAUCUAACGUAGAAAAACCAACGCAAAUAGACACAAAUCUUUUCGAAGAACUGAAACAACAAGCUUUGAACACGCUCCAUGAAAGACAAAAACAGUGGGAAGAAGCUUUAGAAGCGAAAACAAAAGAUGAAGAGCAAAAAGAAAAUAAGGAGAAUGUAGAUUUAGACAAAGACGUGAGUAUCCAAGAAAUAGAGAAUACUAUGAAACAGAAUAAUGAUUUUUCACGAAAUAAACUUGCAGAAAAAAGCAAAAAUGUUGUUAAUGGCAAAGACAAUAGGCUUAACAAAAAUAAAAAAUGGAAUGAAAUAUUAAACUCACAAGCUAAAGAUGAUAAACAAAACAAGAAAAAAGAGGAUUUAUCAAAUGACAUCAGUAAUACAAAAGUUGAACAGAGUACUGAAGGACAUUUAAACGGGGAAAUAGAGGAAAAGAUAAAUGAACACGAUGUAGAUGUUAACAUAAAAACAUUAAGACAAGAAAAAUUAAAAGAGAAACUUCGAAAUAAGAAUGAUUACAGUGGCAUAUCAAAAUUUGAAAACACAAAGUUGGAGGGUACAAAAAUGAUAACAGGAAAGGGGGAGAAUACAAAAUUAGGAGGUCAAAAGGCACAAAGAGUAAUGCCUGUGAUUUCAAAAAUGGAGAGCCUAACGAUUGAGAAACCAAAGGUGGAGAAUGUAAUGGACCAAAUAAGAAAGGAACAAAUAAAGGAGAUACAAGAAAAAGAAAGAAAACUUCAAGAAAAAUAUCUGCGAGAAGAAAAAGAACAAAAGGUUCAACAAAUUCACCAGCGACAAAAAUUGCUCGAUGCAAAGUUGUUGGAAAAAAUUAAGCAACAACAAUACAAUGCACUGCAAGAGCAUCUUCAAAAAGCGAAAAAAGAAGCAGAACUGAAAAAGUUCCUAGAUGAGAAUGCUGACACAGAAGGAAGUGGUUCAGGAGAAGAAAAUGAGAAACACAAUAGUAAUACAAACACACCUGCAAAUAGCGAAUUACUGAAAGCAUUAUCGGCGUUGAGCAAGUUCAAAAACGAAAGCGACGAAUCAUCCUCAAUUGAAAAAGCUGUUACUCCAAACAAACGCGAACAUGCAAGAUCUAGUAACAAAUUUCAAACUUACGUAGCAAGUCUUCUACAACAUCGACAGCAAGGUAUAAAUCAUGAUAUAGCAUUUCGACGUUCGAAAGAAAUUACAUACGAUGAAGACCGUCCUCAUGGAUUGACGUUCAAACGCUCAGAAACAGCAUCGUUUAAACACAGGAACAGAACAAGAAGCAAGCGAGAUAACUAAGUUUUGUUUGUUCAAUUAUUUUGCUGUUUAUUUUAACUAAUCCAUGGUAUAUUACUGUAUAUUAAUAAAAUACUUUAUGAAUUA